AUGCGCCGCGUCUUCCACCAAAUUUUUGAUGAGAACACGUGGCUGGCCUCGGAAACGAAGGCCAAGCUCAAGCAGAGGCUCAAUGACGUGGAGGAGCGCUACGGCUACAAUAAGCACGCCCUCGACAGGCAAAAAAUCGACGACUUUUACGAGAUGAUCCCAAUGCCUCAAGAAUGGAACGCCGUCACCUUUCUGCAAUUCGAAGACCGCGCCAGCUGGGCCGCAUCGGAAUUUCAUCUAUUCGGUGAUCUCGUCACUGAUCCGCUGCGCAUCAACGCCGUGAAUUUGGCCGAUAGAGCAAUCGUCAUCCCCAUCGGCAUCAUCACCACCCCGUUCUACGACCCGACGUGGCCACUCGAGUUCAACUACGGUGGCAUUGGGCAGAUCAUCGGCCACGAAUUCACGCAUACAUUCGACGAUCGAUCCGCCCUGCCAAAGGGGAAUGUGGGAAACGACACGAAGGAGUAUCGAGAGAAGGAGAAAUGCUUUGUCGAUCAGUUCGGAGGCGUCACUUACGGAAAUCCGCGGUUAAACAUCAGCAUUCAGGGCAACGGCAAGCUUCAGCACAAGGAGACGAUCGCCGACAGCAACGGGAUUCGGGUGGCUUGGAGGGCUUACCUCGAAAAACGUAAGCAGCUCUACGGUCGCAACCCCCCGAAACUUCCUGGACUUCAAGAAUUCACCAAUGAUCAACUCUUCUUCUUGGCCCAAGCCCAGCCGGCAUGCGGUAGAACGCCUGCCAUCUACCCCAAUCAAAAUCGCAAGGAGCUCAGUUGGCUUCAUGAUGAGCACCCAAUCGGCAGCGUACGCGUCAACGAAAAGCUGAAGAACUUCAACGCGUUCGCAACGACAUUUAAGUGCAAGUUGAACUCGACGGUGAACCCGGAGAAGAAGUGCAGGGUCUGGCGCUACUACCAC